GUGCCUACAGCAAGAUUAUGACUCCAGUUUACCUACUGCUAGUGUCAUCAUCUGUUUCCAUGAUGAAGCCUGGUCUACUCUGCUGAGAACUGUGCACAGCAUUAUGGACACAGCCCCAAAGGCCUUCCUCAAGGAUAUCAUCCUAGUCGAUGAUCUCAGCCAGCAAGGGCCCCUGAAGUCAGCUCUGAGUGAAUACAUCUCCAAGCUGGAUGGUGUGAAACUCAUCCGGAGCAACAAGAGGCUUGGGGUCAUCCAGGGUCGGAUGCUAGGAGCCGCACGGGCCACCGGGGACGUGCUGGUCUUCAUGGACUCUCACUGCGAGUGCCAGAAGGGCUGGCUGGAACCCCUCCUCGCCAGGCUGUCCACCAACAGAAACAGUGUCGUCUCCCCUGUCAUAGAUGUUAUAGACUGGAAGACUUUUCAGUACUAUCACUCUGUGAGCCUGCAUCGAGGUGUUUUUGAUUGGAAACUAGAUUUUCAUUGGGAACGAGUGCCAGAGCACGAAGAGAAGGUACGACAGUCUCCCAUCAGCCCUAUCAGGAGUCCUGUGGUAGCUGGUGCUGUGGUGGCUAUGGAUCGACAUCACUUCCAAAACACCGGAGCUUAUGAUUCUGACAUGACCAUGUGGGGUGCAGAAAAUCUGGAGCUAUCUAUAAGGACCUGGCUCUGUGGUGGAUCUGUAGAAAUUAUUCCAUGCUCCCGGGUUGGGCAUGUCUAUCGAAGUCACUUCCCCCGUGUCUUCCCCUAUGAAGAGGCCAUUGUGAGGAACAAAAUCCGAAUAGCAGAGACCUGGCUGGGCUCUUUUAAAGAGAACUUCUACAAGCACAACACAGUGGCUUUCUUAAUCAGCAAGGCAGAGAACCCAGACUGCAGUGAACGCCUUCAGCUACAGAAGAGACUGGGCUGUAGAAAUUUCCAAUGGUUUGUAUCAAAUGUGUACCCUGAACUCUCCCAACCUGAAGACACACCAAGGUUCUCUGGCAAGCUUUACAAUACUGGUGCUGGCCUCUGUGCAGAUUACAGGCCUGGAAGAGCCACUGCAGAGGGCUCCAUCGAACUCUCCCCUUGCAGCGACAGCCUCACCCAGCACUUUGAAUACAGCAGCAGGAAGGAAAUCCGGCUUGGCUCUGCUCCGCUGUUCUGCUUCGAUGUCACACACGGGAACGUUCUCCCCCAAAACUGUACAAAGGAGACGGACAGCAGCCACCAGCACUGGGAUGUCCAGGAGAAUGGAAUGAUUGUCCAUGUCCUUUCUGGCAAAUGCAUAGAGGCAGCAAAGAAUGAAGAUGAGAAGGACUUAUAUUUGUCUGUAUGCAAUAAGAAUGCAAAUCAGGUGUGGCAAUUUGAACAUUCCCAUGUGCUACGUCAGACAUGA